GCAAACGUUUGUAUUUCAAUCGGAUUGUUUUUAUUCAUAUUUGAAUUAUAAAUUAGGUUCUUGAAUAUUUUCAAAAUGAUGCCCGGAGAUUCUUGUUCAAAUGUCAAUGCACUGCCGGCGCCGCAAAGAUGCGACUACGUGGUAAACACGAAGGACUGCACCACCAACAUGUAUUUGUUCAACUAUCUGGUGUGGCACUACUGCCACCUGGAUACCCGUAACAAGUUCAAUACCUUCUGGAGUGUAUUGGGCAUGAUGAUCAUAUUGAUCUACAUCUUCUGGAUGAUGCAAUUGGCCAUAAUACAUUAUUUUGUUCCCCUUUUGAAGAGUAUAGCGGAUGCACUCCGGCUCAAUGAGAGCACGGCCGGAGUCACUGUGCUGGCUAUUGCCAAUGGAUCUCCAGAUCUAUUCACAUCCCUCGCCUCCGGACUUCCGUACAGCAGCAACACCUUCCUAUCCUGCGUCUCCGUGACCAUGUUCCUGCACAUUUUCGUUGCUGGCAUGGUGAUGCUAAUUAAUCCCUUCUACGUCGAGGCAAAUUACUUUAUGCGGGACUUUGGUUUUCUGUUUCUAAACACGGCGUUUAUGGACUACCUUCACAAACGGCAGGGUGGCAUCGGUAUAGGGCACACAAUACCGGCAGCCCUAAUUUUUAUUGCUUAUGUCAUAACGGCCGUUGUAGACCAGCAAUUGCUAAAGCAUCAAGUUCGAGUACUCGAGCGUAAACGAAGUACUUCAAACUCCGAUUACGAUGACUAUGAUAAUGAACUUUUAGGCGCCUUAUUGCCGCAGACUCAACUUCCAAUAAGACGUCCUGCAAUUAUUCGGGAGCCUCUCGAUAAAGGCCAUCGAAACAAAUACCUUUUUUCGCAAUUCUGGCGAUCUAUUUUCUAUUUUGAUUUUGAACGCUUCCGAAAUGGCACCCUCCUGAAGAAGAUAUAUCUAGUUCUCAAGGAGCCAAUUGAAAUGGCACUCCGUCUACUGAUACCGGUGGUGGAUGUAGAGCAGCCACUUCACGGCUGGUCCAAACUGCUCUACGUCAUCCAGAUGAACCUUGUGCCCCUCUACUGUUCCUAUAUAUUGUGUGAAGUGUUGCACGUUCGAAUGAUGCCAAAAGUGAACUUGCCCGUCUGCAUUGUUGUUUGGCUAUUAAUGUGUCCUCUGAGCAUAAUGGUUUUUUUGUGCACCCGCACCGAUACACGACCCAAAUUGUUUAGAUUUACAUGGAUAUUUGCUUUUUUGGGCUCCAUCCUACUGAUAUUUAUCCUCACUUCGGAGCUAUAUGCCAUGUUCUUCGCCCUCUCCACCGUUAUGGGAAUGAGUCUUCAGUUCUCCAUUGCCACCGUCAUUUGCUGGGCCCUCCAGAGCAACGAUAUGGUCAUCAAUCUCAACCUGGCCCAUCAGGGCUGGCCUAGGAUGGCCUUCACCGCCUCAUUUUCAUCGCCUGUCUUUACAACAUUUGCAUUUCUGGCACUACCAUUGCUUGCCGGCUCCAUCAAGGCCUAUCCGAACAACUUUCAUCCCAAAGAGGGAUCGUACGGGGAGACUGUGUGCAUCUUUUUGGAGGUGGGUUUGUUCUUUUCGCUCCUCUCCGCCAUGACCACCAACUUCAAGAUGCGACGAGCCUGCGGCUUCCUCCUCGUGGCCUACUAUCUAUUCUUUGUGGGGGUACUGAUACUCCUCGAAACAAAAAGUAUCCACCCGUAUGGCGUGUGAACUGCGAAUGCCGAUCCCCCAAAAACCGAUCUAUCCAUUAGUUAUGCAAAUUCCCGACAUGAUUUAUGCCUCAUUAAAUGGCCAAUUUUGAUCCCUUGA